AUGGAAUUAAACAGUGCUAGUGUAAUCAGGAAUGACACAAGUGCUACAGAGAUUACAAUUCUAUCAGCAAUUCCUGAUGUGAUUAAAGAAGUGCCAACACUUGAACCAAGAUGCUAUCUCAAUGACACGAAACAUUUGACUGAGCGCUUAUGGCUCGUAACAAUCCUUGGCUCAGCUCUUAGUACUAUCAGUAUUGUUGAGAAUGCUUUCCUAUUCUUAAUUUUUAUCACUACCAAACAGCAUCGUCGCAGUCAUUCGCUCUAUUUAUUACUUCUGGCACUUACUGAUAUAUUUAUUAGUUUAACUUAUAUAUUAAUAAUGUCUGUAAAAGUGCUCUGUCAAUACAAUGAAUGGGUUUUCAUGAAAAAAAUUUGGAUGACAUAUGUAGUACCAAUGAUGACCAUGUCGCAUGUCGCCAUAACCGCCUCAUCCUUUCUUAUCGUUUUCGCUACCGUAGAGAGAUUCUGUAUCACCGCUUCAAACCAUUAUGUCGAAUUUUUGCAGAAUAAUCGCUGCUACAUAGCUUUGUUAGCUGUAUUAAUUGGUGUGUUCACCAAAGGAACACUGAUACUUGAGCUUAAGCCAAUUCAUAAUUCGAAUUGUACUGGAACAAUAAAUGAAUAUCGGCUGGAGAUAACAGCAUUAGUAAGCCAUAACGAACACUACAAAUUGUUUCGUUUUUGGUUUCGCAAUAUUGUUACUAUUCUAUUUCCAUUUUUCACAUUGAUAUUCCUAAAUGCUCGAAUUGUUAAUGAGCUGAGGAAAAAUUUUAUUGCUGAAAAGCAUAAUAUGGAAUUAACGCAUGCUACUAAUGCCAAAGAGCGAAAAGCUCGAAUUCGAGCAGCUACACGAACUUUAAUGCUUGUUGCUUGCACUUAUCUUCUAGCAAAUAUGCUCAAUGUCAUUAUAACCAUUUGGGAGCACAUCGAUGCGACAUCACUUUUCAGCAGUUUUUUGGACUUCUACAUCUUUAGCGUUGAUACGGUAUCGUUGUUGACCAUAGUGGCAUGCGCUUUACGGUUACCCAUAUAUGCAAGUUGUCAACCAGCGCUUCGUGCUGAACUGAUUCAUUUUGCAAAAUCAUUUUGUAAGAGGCCAAGACACGUGAAUGACGGACGUAAUGAAGCACUACUUAUUAAUCGUAAUGGUACUAUCAGUGAAACAUUGUUCAAUGAAUAA